AGAGAGAGAGAGAGAGAGAGAGAGAGAGAGAGAGAAGAAGACCGAGCCAUGCGUGGACUCAAUAAGCUCAAACUCAACAUCUUCUCUCUAGGAGGCUGCUUUGAUGGGUGCAGAGACCACACCCAGUCCUCCGGACUCGGGACUCGAGUAUGGAACCUCAGCGACCGGCCCGUCGAGCUCCAGGUCCGGGUCGGCUCGAUCCUCAAGAAGGUCCACACCCUCAAGCCCGGGUCGUCGAAGCGGCUCAAGUGCAAGAGCAUCUACAAGGCCUACAUGCCCGGGCGCCCCUGCGGGACGCCGGCGAGCGGCGGGGGAGGCAUGAGGAGCCUGCUCUACUACUAUGACGAGGCCUGCCACCCGUACAUCUGGAUCAACGACACGUGCGGCGACUUCACGCGGGUGGUGAAGCAGCAGUACCUGAGCCUGGAGGACCUGAGGGACUGCUCCGAGGUCAGGAUCUACAGGGAUCCCAUCAGGGGUUGCAUCUGUGUUAGGAAGAAGGCAAGGCCAGAUUUUUGCUGAGGUGGUGUGAUCGAGUCUGCUAGAAAUUGACAUAAGUCGUGCAUUAAACUUACCCUAAACUUUGUUCUGCAAGCUUGUGCUCUUCUUCUCUUUUGGGUUUGACUGCAGAUUCACUGCUGCUUUUAGUGGUGUGAUUUGGAGAUUGCAGCUAGACAUUGGAAUUCCUAGAUGAAGCUUUUAUGUUUCUUUAGCUUGUUGUUUUGGAAUGCAUAAGUGAAGCUCUAUUUCCCUUGAA